GAAGACUCGCGGCGAGAGUCAGGCGAUGGGCCUCGAAGAGAUGGUGGACCAGUUCAGUGUCCACGGCAGGUCCCGCUGCACCACGAAGAAAGCGAGCAUGGACAGCGUCGACGAGCAGGACGACGAGACAGAUGCGUGGCCGCCUGCCACAAGGAAGUGGACAGAAGACGACGCGGCCGCCGACGCCGCGACUCUGGCGCUCCGGAUUGCCACGCUGGAGCUGCGGCUCGCCCUGCAGCGCAUGGAGACGCUGCUCCGCGAGCAGAGGUUCUGGGACCUGUGCUCGAGGCAGCACGAAGAAGAGCUUGCAGAUCUAAGGCCGCACUCAAAGCCGACGAAUGGCUGGGCCAAGUCGAUACGAGAAGCAUACUGUGGCGAACGCUACGAGUGCGAGCGCCUCGUCGCCGACUGCCUCGCGCGCCCCCAGGCGCGACCGCACCCGCCCGAGGAGGUCCAGUCCAGAAGGCAGCCGCCCAGCGGGGACUUCCCCAGCGUCUCGCCGCUGUGA